CAGUGGGAUCAGCAGCCGAGCAGUGUCUCAACCAAACAAAAAGUAGGAGUGCCGAAGGAAGCCCUGUGAUUGGUGGAGGAGGCACUGAGCAGAUUGACACGGAUUAAAGGGUGGGUGGCACAUGCAUGGCCAUAAUAAACUGCUUUAUCUACUGAGAGAAGCCCGUUGUAUCAACAGAUCGUAGGAAUUGCUGUUGCAAGCUCCACCAACAUGGUCGUUCCAGGGCCUCAGGAACCAGGAGAGAAUGUUUACAAUCCACCUAAUGGCCUGUUUACGGAUGCAUACGUGCCAGACUUUGAUGCCUAUCUUUCUCUGUACAAAAAGUCUAUAGAGGAACCCGAAGAAUUUUGGGGGGAUGUUGCACAAGAGUUUUUCUGGAAGAAGCCUCCGUCGGGACAGAUGUUGCAGUACAACUUUGACGUUACUAAGGGGAACGUCAACGUGAAGUUCAUGGAGGGUGCAAGAACAAACAUCUGCUACAAUGUUCUUGACCGAAAUGUUCACGACAGGAACCUCGGAGACAAAGUGGCAUACUACUGGGAAGGUAACUCACCUGAUCAUCAUCUUACCAUCACCUACAGUCAGCUGUUGAGACAGGUGUGCAGAUGUGCUAAUGCUCUAAAGCUGUUGGGUAUAAAGAAAGGGGACAGGGUGGCCAUCUACCUUCCCAUGAUUCCAGAGCUGGUGUACACAAUGCUGGCCUGCGCUAGAAUUGGGGCGGUUCACUCGAUUGUGUUUGCAGGUUUCUCCUCUGAGUCUCUGUGUGAGAGGAUCAUGGACGCUCAGUGCAGUAUUUUACUGACAGCAGACGGCGUUUACAGAGGUGAUAAACUGAUCAAUCUGAAGAAGAUAGCAGAUGAAGCUCUGGAGCGCUGUAAGGGAAGCAUGUCUGUUCAGAAAUGUGUGGUUGUGAAACAUAUUGCUUUCAUCACAAACAAUGACACUUCCAACAAACUACAGACCUCAUGGGAUGCAGAGUGUGACAUCUGGUGGGAUGAUCUUCUGGACGGUGUGUUGGAUGAAUGUGAACCUGAGUGGAUGGACUCUGAAGAUCCUCUUUUCAUACUUUACACCAGCGGAUCAACCGGCAAACCCAAGGCUGUCGUACACACUAUCACUGGUUAUAUGCUCUAUACAGCAUUGACAUUUAAGUACGUGUUUGAUUAUCACCAUGACGACGUGUACUGGUGCACUGCAGACAUUGGCUGGAUCACAGGCCACUCCUACAUCACAUACGGCCCGUUAGCCAAUGGAGCAACCAGUGUUCUCUUUGAAGGUGUACCGGUUUACCCUCAUGUGGGCAGAUUCUGGGAGAUCAUUGAGAAAUAUGGAGUGUCUAAAUUCUACACAGCACCAACAGCUAUCAGACUGCUGAUGAAAUAUGGACGAGAACCACUGCAGCGGUAUGAUCUGUCCAGUUUGCGUGUGUUGGGUACGGUUGGAGAACCCAUAAACCCAGAGGCUUGGCUCUGGUAUCACGAUGUUGUGGGACAGCAACGGUGUCCAGUUAUCGACACCUUCUGGCAAACAGAGACGGGUGGACAUGUUUUGACUCCACUGCCAGCAGCUACACCACUGAAGCCGGGAUCUGCCACGUUCCCAUUUUUCGGAGUUCAGCCUGCUAUUCUGAAUGAGCAUGGAGAAGAGUUAGAAGGAGAGGCGGAGGGAUACCUGGUUUUCCGGAAGCCCUGGCCGGGAAUCAUGAGGGGUGUUUAUGGCAACCAGGAACGCUUUGAAAACACAUACUUCAGAAAAUUCCCAGGAUUCUAUGUGACAGGAGAUGGCUGCAGACGGGAUAAAGAUGGAUAUUACUGGAUCACUGGAAGAAUCGAUGACAUGCUGAAUGUCUCUGGUCAUCUGUUGAGUACGGCGGAGGUUGAAGGGGCUCUGACAGAACACCCGGCUGUCGCUGAGGCGGCGGUGGUCAGUUGUCCUCAUGUGGUUAAGGGAGAGUGUCUGUACUGUUUCGUUAUGCUGAAGGACCACAAAGAGUUCAACCGCAAGCUCAUGGAGGAGCUGAAGAGGAAAGUGAGGGAGAAGAUCGGACCAAUAGCCACCCCAGAUUUCAUCCAGAACGCACCUGGCCUGCCCAAAACACGCUCGGGUAAGAUCAUGCGGCGAGUUUUGAGGCAGAUCGCCCGCAACGAGAAGGACCUGGGUGACCUCUCGACCCUGGCUGACCCGAAGGUCGUGGAGGUGCUGUUCAGUCAGAGAUGUGAAGCAGCUGCGUGAGGAGAGGACAGUGUCAUAUAUUCACAAAGCUCCUGUGUGAGCUCACCUGAGGUUAUAGACUUUGGGUUUGAGCUUCUCUCUGGCCAUAAUACACCUGAAAUGGUGCUGAUGACAAACUAGUGAAUGAAAACCCACCCUGAAAUUGUCUAUAGCACACUAAAUGUCUCACGGUUAUUGUAAGGUAAUCAUAUUUUUUUAUUGUUUCAUUCCUGUCAGGGGAUAAAUUCUGUUAAUGUUUGUUCAUGUUCUAUAUGAAGAAUGGUCUGAUUUCACGUAUGUACAUCACUGACAUUGACAAGCAAAAUAACUGCACAUUACCACUUUAUCUACUGUAGCAUAUCAAAAGAGUUCAACAACAAUACGAAGACCAGUUGUUUAUUUUGUUUAUGUUACCAAAAGUGUUCAAAAAUAAACAUAUAUUAUACAGUA